GACACGAUGAGCGGCGCCUGCACGAGCUACGUGAGCGCCGAGCAGGAGGUGGUGCGCGGCUUCAGCUGCCCGCGGCCGGGGGGCGAAGCGGCCGCCGUCUUCUGCUGCGGCUUCCGCGACCACAAGUACUGCUGCGACGAUCCGCACAGCUUCUUCCCCUACGAGCACAGCUACAUGUGGUGGCUCAGUAUUGGCGCUCUCCUGGGCCUGUCCAUAGCAGCCGUGGUCCUCCUGGCCUUCAUUGUCACUAGCUGUGUGCUUUGCUACCUGUUCAUCAGCUCAAAACCCCACACAAGGUUGGACCCAGGCUUAAGCCUACAGAUCACAGCCCCCGAUGAAGUACCCCCUGACUGUCAAGGUGGGAACACUGGCGAUUCAGUGGAGGUGCCAGGAGUGAGCCCUCUCGGGCAGGGUCACCCCUUCUUGAACCCAUGGCUGGACUGCAAUGAGAAGCAGGCUAUGGACUCCAAAUGCCUCCUCUAGCACCACGUCAUGGCUACAGUGACUGCCAGUGACAUUCCGGGCAGCCCUGAGGAGCCCCCGUCCCCAAACUAGAUGUAUCCCCAUAAACAUCCAAUAAAUGUCUCUACAUCA